AUGGCGACCAAUAUGGCAAGCCCAAUUAGACUGCCUAUGGUUGAUCUUUCGGAUCCAGACACUGCCGCUGCGGGUAAAGCAUUGUUAAAUGCAGCCAUCGAAUAUGGAUUCCUCUAUAUUGAUAGUAGGACGUCGAAAUUUACAGAAUGCGACGUCGAACGAGUGUUCAAAAUGAACAAGGGAUGGGUUGGCAUGCAGGUCGAAACACUAGACCCGGAGAAUCACGAGGUGGGUAUUCGGUUCCAGGAGCUAUGCUUACCAUAUUGA